UUGCACUUCUCUCUCUCUUUGCGUGUGUGUUAUGUGUCCUCGGAAGUGUGUGCUGCAACGCGCUGCAACCCACUGUAGCUGUCUCGCUUUUUCUCACCCUCGGCACUUUUGGAAGCUUCCUUAUUGCCAGACACGACCUACACAGCCAGUUCGCUUUAUUAUUUUUCUUCGCUUGCUGUCUGCUGCUGCUGCUGUUGUCGCUUCUGCUGUCGAGAUGGCUCCACAGGAGUGGAUCCAUCAAGCGGAGCUGUCAGUGUGUUAUGACAGCGGGCAGUGCUAUAAAAUGGAGUUGCGUUUGUUUUUCAUUUGCUUCUUUAUGUAAAAUGAAACAAAUUUCAUAUUCUCUUACCAAUGUAUUUUCCUGGUAUGUUUGGUAAUUUUUGUACCUUAACGAUCGUAAAACAAAAGAAUUUAAAAUUUUCAAAUGGAUUUGAAACGGAUCUAACCAUCAAUUCAAUUGAUCAAUUGUGCGCAACGGUCAGUUUAAAUCGGUCGCAUAAAUGUGGAGCAAUAUCAAUUUCACUUCGAAAGAAACAACGUUCUUUAUUUUGUUCGAUUAGUUUUACAAAAAAAAACUUUUGUUUAUUUACAGUGCACAUUGAUGCUACAGUACUGUACGAUUUUAUGGCAGCACUCAACCAUUUGUCACCUUGUUCUACCAGGCACUGUGGCCAGAUGUUUUUGGCGGUUAUUGGAAGGAUCAUCAACAUUUUUUCGUAUUUUGAAAAAUCAUGUGAUUUUCGGUAGGAUAAAUUUAAAAUCAAUAAUUUGAGGGCGCUUUGAAUCGGUAGAUCAAAUCAAAAAUCGGUAGGAAUGCAAAUAAAUCGAUAUUUCUGGUCACUCUAAACGUCAGCAUAGCACCGAUGUAAACAAAUCCAAACUGCCGGCAUAACUUGUAGCCUAUGUAAAUGCCUAUUUUGGAGCGGUUUUUCGUAUUGUCCACGGAAAGUAUUGUCCAAAAGAAAGAAUAUUCAAUGAACUGGCUUCCCAAACGGUCCGGCAUCGAGUCGAGAUACAUACUGAAGAUUCUCACCUCAAAGCGACUGCUGGUGGAUCAUCUGGAGGUGGCCGAGGUGUGCUUUCGCCUUGCCCUAAGUGCAGACCGGAGCACCACCACCACCACCCGACUGCCCUUCAAAGCGGUUUGUGCGGGAUGCAUUGCGGCCGUAGCGGCUUCCGCGCGAUUCGCCCGUUCCCAUGUAAGGCCGAUUGUGGCAGCCUCCGUCGUGAGCGGCACCGUCCUGCUGCUCGGUGCAGUGGCGUACGAGAAGCUGCAUUACUAUCGUGACCUCGGCACGAUUACCAACCUGCUACGGGCGAUCGAACAGUAUGAUACGGCCGCAAAGCGAAUGCUAAUAUUCAUAAACGAUGUAUUCUACGGCAACGAACGGAUCAGCUCGGUAAGGCGAGGUACCACCGAAAAUGAGCUGCUGGAGGCGUGCAUGGAAAGCUGCACCAAAGCGAUCUACGAGCUGUACGACAGCGUGAGAGUGUUGGAAGAGCGAACCGAGCUACGGGAAGAGUACGGCGAUGCGUACGACCCGGUGGAGUCGUUUGAGGACUGCGAAAUAUUUAAGCAAACGGCCACCAAUCAUAGCAAUGCUAAGCAAUUGUACAAUAUUUUCCUGUACAUGCAGUCACACUGCCUGCUGCGACUGUCGCUGGCAAUGGCGAGCGGUACGGCGGUGGCGGAAAUACGACCGGAAUGCAAUCGUCUCACCGGCUGCCUCACACGCCGAGCGGAGGAUCUUACGCGACAGCUCAGGCUAAACAGUGUAUCACAAGCUGAUUGCUUUCGGCACCUGGGCAAGGCAAAGGAACCGACCGCCAAGGAGCUGGCGGCACUGAAGCACCAAUCGCUCGAGCUGACGGUCAAGCUGGCGGCGAACGUGAACCACAUGCUGGCGUUGGACAAGGCAGUGCAGUCGGUCGCCAGCACCGCCUCGACAUCCGAUCGGCAGCAGCUCGAGGAGGCUGCCUCCCAGCUGGCCACGAUGCAAUCCCUCCUUCUCACCCGCACCGACGAAUGCGAACGGUUGCUAAUUACGGCCAAGAAGCUGCUCAACAACGCGCCCGAGGAGCAGGCGACUGGUGCGUCGGACGAGGAGGAGCUGGACGCGGUGCCCCUUCCGGACACGCUCGGCGAACCGCUUGCCUUGGCGCCAAACUCUGCGCUCGACUGGCAGGAUGAAUUUUUCGUCAACACCGGUGCGGAGGGGGACGACGAGUUGAACGAAGGCGCGGCCGGCACAAUGCUGGAGCAGCUGCAGGCGGAGGACGAGCUGGUCGCGAAGCGGCUGAUGCGCAAGCAGUUUCAGCCGAUACUGCGCCAGCUACGCGAACGGCUCGUACCGGUCGAGCAGUCGUUUAGGGAGCGCGAACGGGCGGCUAUGAAGCGGAAGGGCAUCGUACUGCCCGAGGCCGAUGAGGUGGGCCCGCCCGAACUGGAGGAGAGCAUGAGGAAAGCCUUCGCGAACGGUGAAACGGACGACGAGUCGACGGACAGUGACGGUUCGGCGGGCACGUUCCGGCUCAAGCGCAGGACCCAGACCCGGUACGACGAGGAUCGUGAUUUUCUCGCCAGCAAACCCCAGUUCAGUUUGCUGGCAGUCACGCUGCCGACGGGUGUCCAGAUGGAGGAGAGCAUCUUGGAGUAACGGUUACGGGGGGGAGGGAGGGAGGUAUAUAAGCUUAGUUAUUUAUUGUUGAAUCCGGAGCCAAUUCCUGAAUCAGAUUUUGCUCCACAAUCGGAAUCGAUCUAGAAAUUGCGAUUUGCUCCGAUAACGGAAUAAGCAUUGACUCCAGAAAUGGAAUUAGCUUGGGAAUUAGUUCUUGAAUUGAAAUAAGAAGAUUCAGAAGCGAAAUCACUCCAGGAAUAUCCAGGAGAAUGGAUUGUUUACAAGUAAAUUUGGAUUCUUUGCGGCUAUUAAUA